AUGGAAUUAUCGAUUUCUUACAUGUCACUAGCUGAUUUACGAGUCAAAGAGAUUCAUUACAAUCAAAAAAAUCUACUAAAGGUUGCUGAUCAAAGCUAUGAGAAUGGCAAGCACGAUAUUCAAGGCAUCGUUUAUGAUAACGUGAUUAUUGGUGGUGGACCCGGUGGUUUGAAUCUGGCAAUGGAAUUCACAGUCCGAGGUAUUCCGUAUAUUCUGUUGGAGCGGUCGUCUAGUUUUAGUGGCCAAUUUCGCUACUUUCCAAGAUGUAGAGAGCUUAUCUCGUUGAAUAAGAAGCAUUUACCGGCCAAGUCACCAUGGUCGUAUGCACGACGUUAUGAUUGGCACACGCUUAGCACUAUUACUGAAGAGGACUCGAAGAAAGAUCCAAAACUGUUAUUCACCAAUUGGAGCGAUAGUUUGUUUCCAGAAGCCGAACGCUUUGCAGAUUAUUUAGACUACGUGGGUAAUCAUCCUAAUUGGGGUAUUACCAAGCAUACGCACUUCAAGUGUGAGGUAACGUCAGUAACAAGAAAUAAUUUAAACCAGUUUGAAAUCAAAACUGCAUUAAAUGAAACCUUUGUGGCGAAGCGUCUGUAUAUGGCAACAGGCGCAACUCGUCCUGUUGUGCCUAAUAUUCGUGGAAUUUUAGAGCAUGGAAUUUUUUAUCGCGAUUUUGAUCCCGCUGAUAUUGAACGAUAUCGCAACAAGCGCGUCGUUAUCCUUGGAGGUGGUAACUCAGCGUUUGAAGUUGCAAAUUCAUUGAAAGCCAUCGCGGGUGACACCGUAAUUUUGAUUCGUAGUACUUUGAAGUUUGCGCGUCAGACACAUAAUGUGCAUGAUGUUCGUACACAAGCAUCUGUUAGUUACGAUCUGGCCCAGUUGAAGUCACUCACAGCUAUUUCUGCAGAGCGCGUGACGGAAAUUAAGCGCCACGAAGAUGGUCGUCUUAUUCUAAAAACGUCUACACCAGAUCCACACUGGGAAACACCGAUGUGGCGACACCGUGAUUUGAUGACUGAUUAUGUUAUCGUCUGCUGCGGUUUCAACUACUUCGUGCCAGAAGUUUUUAACACUGAGCACGUGCGACCAGAGAUAGACGAAACCGGCAAAUUUUGCAAAUUGACAUCCAGCUGGGAGAGCGUGAAUGUUCCAAACUUGUAUUUUGUUGGUGGAUCCAUGCGUGUCAAUGAUCGAGACGCAGCAUCAGGCUUUGUUCACGGUUUUCGGUACAACAUUCAGGCGCUUGCAUCAAUAGUUGCAGAACGUUACCACAAACAACCAUUGGCUCCUUUAUUUCAAUGCGUAUUAGAUCCAAAGAACGACGGCACCUUCGAGCCACUAUCACAGUUUAUUGUGCAAACAGUCAGCUUGACAGCGCCAUUGUUUGAAUUGUUCAAUUACGGAUGUUGUACCGUUACAAUUAAAACUAUGCAUCAAUCAGACAUAACCAGUACACCUACUUACAUGGCUGAAGUAUGGGAAGUGUUUCCGCAAGAUUACGCACGACAGCGGUGGGCUGAUAAUAACACAUGGGUGGGUCGCGUGGAAGUUUAUUUGAAAUAUGGCUUCAAUGUGUACGGUGAUGAUAUUCCAACACACCAUUUCACCCAUCCUGCUGACAAUUUUCACACUGAGAAGAGUGCCUAUAUCCAUCCUGUCUUAUAUUCUUUCCAGCACAAUAAGAAAAGCGUGGGUAAAUGUUCCGACUAUUCGCCUCAUAUCGAAGAAUGGCAUAUGCAAGAGAGUCUUUUCGCACGAUGGGAUGUGGAUGACUACGAUGACGAAGGCACGAAUAUUCACCAGUUCACUAAUACCGUUUAUAAUGCCAUAGCGGCAGUACUAGACAUGCCGAAUCGCAAAAGCACUCUUCCAAUGUACGAUGAUUUUAUUAAUCGUGGAUACACAAGAAUGACAGCCGAUGAAGUGGAACAAGCAUUGCAGCAAGAACCUGGUCUACGUAUGCUUUUACCGAAUAAAACUAAUGCAUCGGCAUCGGUGCCGGCAGCUACAAAGACGACUGAUCACCGAUCAUGUGUGGAAAAUGCGAUAGCCAAUGGUUGA